AUGGAGCAGAAGAACGCCAAGAAGAAGGCAAACAAGGAGAAAGCAGCACAAAUACGCAAAGAGCGCAAGAAGGCCAAGAAAGCUGACGCGGCAGCAAAGCAGGCAGACGAGAUGGCAGAAGAGGAGGAGGACGAAAUCAAGGAAGAGGUUGAAGAGGCCGAAGACGAGGCUGACGAGCUGGCUGCAGAGCCGAUCGAAGAGCCUGAGGAGGAGGAAGAGAUGCAGCUCGUGGAGCAGUCAAAGCAACGCCGUAAGAGACAGGCGAAGCAGGCCAAGCAGCGUGAGGAAGCAGAAUUGGCAAAGCUGGCAGAGGAGAAGCUGCGCGAGGAGGAGGAGCAGCGGCAAAAGCUGGAAGCUGCUUUGCGCGAGAGGAGAGAAGCCGAACUGAAAAAGCAGGCUGAAGAGGAACAGGCCCGCCUGGAGCAGGAGCGCCAGCAAAGGUUGCAAAAGGAAGCAGAGGAGGCGGAGCAGCGCCGCAAGGCCGAACAGGAAGCCGAGAAGCUGAGGAAAGAAGAGGAGCACCGCCAGAAGCAAGAAGCUGAGAAGCGAAAGCGGGAGGAAGAGGAGAAGGAGCAGCAGAGACAGGCGGAAGAAGAACGGAAGCAAAAGGAGAAGGAGGCUGAAAGCAACAGACAACUGAACAGGGAAGCCGAUGAUGCUAAGUCGGACGUGGUGAUGGCUGAUGAGCAGGUCAAGCGGAAAGACGCAGAUGAACGCCGUCGAGCAGACGACUGGCAGGCUUGCGGAUAUUUGCCUGGCGUGCACUUGCCGUUAGACGGCGAUGUGUCUCUGAAGCCACUUCGCAAAGGGAGGGAGAAAGAUCUCGACGAGGAGGACGGGACAGAAGAUCGCAGGCCGGCGGCUGCAAAGUCGUUGCGCCAAACGCUGACUCCUUCGCAGCUCCGCCGUCAACAGCGCAAACGGCAGAAGGAGGCCGCUUCGCCCAUGGCUCCCCUCAAUGCCAGAAGGGCAGCAGAGGCCGCCGAGGCCGAGGCAGCUGGCAAAGAGGAGAAUCGCAGUGACAAGGAGGACACCGAGGAGGAGUGUGCUGAAGUGGAAAAGCCCAAGUCGGAGCGGAAGCAAAACGAGCGGCAGCCGAGGAAAGAGCGAUCGCAAGAUGCAAAGCCUCGCCAGGCGGAGAAGACGUCGUCAGACGAGAAGGUAGAGACAAGGCGUGGCAGCAAAGACGAAGCCAAGAAACCCGUGGCUCGGUGGUGA